AUGGAUUUUCAAGGAGAUGGGGUUACGCCCGGCGUAACUUCGCGUUACGCCCAGCGUAAUACGACGACCAUGUUAUAUCUUUUGACCCUUGACUUUUGUGUUAUUCUUUCAAUCCUCUUCUACUCUCGCAUACGCUGUGACGACAAAACCCUCCUAAAGAUUUUCGAUUCUUCUUCAUUUCUUGUAAAAUUCAGCACACAAAUUAUGGCCCGAAGGACGCAAAGGACCAACCCACCCGAGGAUGUGACCGAUCACCGUUUUUUACAAUUUCCGCAAACGCUGAACGAUGCAACCCGGGAGCGUUAUGUCACCAACUUGAGCUUGCUUCUCACCAAAGAGAUCGAUAUAGCACCAUCAUUCGAUUGGGAAUUGGCUACCCGGACUGGACUAUACACGCACUCGGACGCGAGUGGAGUGGAUUUGUUCGUGUGUCGGGGAUGGGCACGUUUGUUCAGGAUCCAGGAGCCUGUUUAUCGGGAGUUUUUGCUGGAGUUCUACGCUACAGUUUCCUAUGAUCCUAGGAAGGCACCCGAUGACAGGACAACCUUUGCCUUCAGACUGGGGGGAGUGAGCCGGGAAUGCAGCGUGAUAGAGCUUGCGACUCGAGUGGGUAUUUACACAGCCGAUGAGACGAGGAGUGUCCACUUCCCGGCAUUCAUUGCUGAUUGUCUCACGAAGCGACCAGAUGACUAUAACGAGAACACUUUUUGGGCCGAGAUUACGAGAGGAGUUUAUACACCAUCUACCGCACGAGGGAGGAUGAUUCGGUCUACUACAUACCGAAUGCUGCACCGUUUGAUUUCUAUGUCUCUCACGCACCACAAGAACAGCAACAACAGUGGCAUGGCGAUGCGUUGA